CAAUUUUUUUAUUUUUUUACUGACGACAAAUGGUUAUAAAAUGAACCUUGUUGAAACAAAUGUUCUAUACACUCCAACAAUAUUCAUUCAAAAUUUUGUUUGUGUAGCUCAAUUUUGAAACAAUAUUUACAAAGCUAUGAAUUAAAUAAGUCAAGUGAAUAUAUCAUAUUGUGUUAUUAUUUUUACCAUAGCUUUUAAAUAUUUUUCUAAUUUAUUACUUAGAAAGAUGACUUAUAUUUAUGUGUAGGAAUAAAAAUGGCAAAUUUUGAACAUAAUGUGAUGGUUGCUUUGUACUGGGGUGGCGAAAUAAUUACUGAAAUGAACAGAUGCAGAUAUACUGAAUGUGCUAGAAUUAUUAUUAACAUGUAUACUUCAAUGAAGUAUGUUGAAUUGGUUGAAUUAUUGCAUGAGAAAAUGGGUAUAACUAGUGAAAAUAUUCAAAUGGAUAUUUCGGAAAAAUAUCAUUGUUCGAUUCAAGAUAACCAUACAAGGUUCAUUGAGUUUAAUUUUCAUGAUGAUCAAUCUUUGCUACAAUUUUUUGUUAUACCUCAAAACUUUGUGGAUAAGAUUGACAUAAAUGUUUUGGAAAUGUAUGUAAAGACCAAAUCAAAAUGAUAUAUUUCAAAUUAGAGGUCAACAUGGUUAUCACAUGAAUUUAUUGUCUCAAAAUUAUGGAUUUUCCACGGCAAGUCAACCUCAUUUUGCAGAGUCGAUUGCUCAACCACCAUUUCAACAAUUGUUAAUGCAUGAUCAACGAUCAUUUGGCGAAGGUUCAAGUAGCCAAAGACAUGUUGACAGUAGUCCGAGGAAAUAUGGGGACAGAGAAAAUGAGAACAAUGUUGAUCCAUAUAGUGAUGUAAAUGCUGAAAUUAGUGAAGAAAGUUCAAAGGAAGAUGAACCUUCAAAAGAUGAUGGUGAAAGUGAAUCAGAUGAAGAUAUCAAUAAUGCUAGAGAUUUUUCUCAAAAUGACAUUGGUAUAAAUCUUCCUAGUCAAUUUGAAAGGGAUGUGUCUGAAGUGCAAAAUGAUGUACCCUAUUUUAGAAUAUUAGAUAACGAGGAAGACAUUUUUAUGUCUACAUGUGCAUCUGAGAUAGAGUAUUAUUCCGUCUUGUUUGAAAAUGGCACAAAAGAUUUGAAAAAAGAUGAUCUUUUGGCAACUCCCCAAGUUGGAGAUCCCAGAUCGAACACCCAACUUGCUCAACAUAAGUCGAUGCAAAGGACCAAAGAGGGCUUUGGUGAACAUAUUAGCGAUUUGAGAGGAUGA